CUCUGAGAUGCUCGCUAAUCCAAAAUAUUAAUAAGGACAUGCUCGCAUUUCGCCCGGCCCUGAUACGGCAGGCGGCCGCGUGCGCUUGGGUUUCGAAUCUAGAAUAGGGACUGUUGCAAGUUGCCAUUGAAGUGGCGUUACUUUUUCCCGCGCGAGCUUUCUCCGACACUCCACCAGUGACCACAGCUCCGUUGUCGAUUACCAGUCAAAGUUACCACUUGUAACCAAGCGACUCAAUCCAUAUCUCUUGCUCCUCUUUCCACCUUCUUCCCCUCACAAAGAAAGAAAAAAACGAUUCACAGCUACAGCCCGCAACAAUGAGUGCGAUCCUCUCCGCCGAAACUCUAAACGACUUCAUCGCGCCGUCGAUCGCCUGCAUCAAGCCCGUGGAAACGCUUCCACCGCCGCCACCCACGGAACUCUCCGUGACCGUCGAGGAUGCGGCGAACAACCCCGCCGACGCUCGCACCGCUGCACAAAUCUCGCUGACGGACUGUCUCGCGUGCAGCGGCUGCGUCACGUCCUCCGAAGCCGUGCUCGUCUCCAUGCAGAGCCACAACGAGGUGCUGAGUGCCCUGGGCCAGUUUCCCGAGAAGAAAUUUGUGGCGCUGCUGUCGCCGCAGACGAAGGCGGCGCUGGCGGUCGCCGUGGGCGCCACACCUGAUCAGGUCGACGCGAUGGUUACGAGAUUGCUCACGGAGGAGUUGGGGAGGGAGGUGAAUGGUGGCAAGGGGUUCGAGGCCGUGAUCGACACGAACCCGUUCCGCAGGUUGGCACAUUAUUAUGCGGCGAAGGAGGUGGCGGACGGGAUACUGGGUGUGGGCGAGCAGAGGAAGCCGGUGCUGGCGAGCUCGUGCCCGGGCUUCAUUUGCUACCUUGAGUCUACGCAUCCCGAGCUGAUCCCGCAUCUCAGUGCGCUCAAGAGCCCGCAGGCCAUUGCGGGGACGUUUUUGAAGAGCUUGAUGAUCGGCGAGCAGGCGGUGAAGAGCCCCGAGGAUGUCUACGUCGUCUCCAUUAUGCCGUGCUUCGACAAGAAGCUGGAGGGUGCCAGGGGCGAGCUUACGUCGGCUGCUUGGAGGGGGAAGGAUAGUACGUGGGGAGAGACACCGGUGCGGGACGUUGAUUGUGUCAUCACUACGAGAGAGAUCCUUUCGUUAGCCCAGGCGAAGGGUAUUGAUUUUGCAUCGCUUUCGCGCACUUCAAUCCCGACACCCACCUUUUCCGUCGAUCCCGCCGUCCAGAAACUCCUGACGACAUCUCCGAAGAACGGCGCACGAGACGCGGGCACUUCAGGUGGAACAUUGGCAGCGAUCAUCAACGACAUCCUCUCAAGACAUCCCGAGUCGACCCUGAGCAUCCAGCAGGGAAGAAACGUCGACACGGUCGAAUACCUUGUUCUGUCGCCAUCCGGCGAAACCAUCGCGAAGCUCUCACGCUGCUAUGGGUUUCGGAAUAUCCAAAAUUUGGUGCGAAGGCUCAAGCCAGCCAAGGCGCGAGUACUUCCCCAGUUCGGAAGCAGGAAACCGGCGGGAGCAGCUACCGCCGCCGCUGGAAGGAGGGUCGCCGCCAAGAAGGCCGGUGAGAGCAAAGACGACAAGGCGGUGUACGUCGAGGUGAUGGCGUGUCCUGGCGGAUGCACGAACGGCGGCGGACAGAUCAAGUGGGACGACGAGGCCCUGUGGCAGGAGCUGGGACUCGACAAGUGGGCGAAUCAGCGGGAGUUGUUGGCGAGAGUCGAUGAAGCUUACUUCUCGUCACCCGAAGAUACGGCAGCGGAGGGGAAGGAGAUCCCGGUGAUGCAUGAGAAGCCGCUUUCGGAGGAACUUCUGCAGGACGCGGUCUCGGCGUGGGUGCGCAUCUCAGGCGUGUCGGAGGAUAUGCUGGUCAAGACCACUUACCGGAAAGUGGCUAACGAUAUCGGCGGGCGGUUGGGAGAGAAGGAGGUGCUGGAGUUGGCGAGUCGGACGGGAGGGGGCUGGUAGAAGGGCUUGGUCUUGGUGCAUUGCAUUUCUAGUGCUUCGUUCGCAUUACUUGUGCAUCCGUACCGGCGUUAAUAGGGCGUUUGGUUUUGAUUGCGUUGAGUUGCGUUGAGUUGACGAUGUCUGAUGUUUGAUUUUUGUUGUAUUUUUCUCGUGAUGGUAUGCACGAUAGAUGGAUUGUUUUUGAUUGAUGUCUGUGUUGCUCCAAUAGCUAUAUCUUGUUUGGCAUGUG